GCCGGAUUUCUGAGCGGGUGUUUGAAGAAAAAAUUUCUUAACAAUAGGAAAACGCGACGGUGUUGUUAAAAAGAUAAAUAAGAAAUAUUGCAACAAAAGUGCCAACCACUAAUUCUGUUAAAUGUACAUAAAAUCUAAAUAAGAAUAACGCCGUGAUCACACUGCUAAACACAACUUGAAAAAGAAUUAAUCUAGAAGAAGAGAUCGCGUUUUAGUGAAAAUUCAAGCAAGCAAAAAAAGUAAAUUUCAUAUUUAAUUCAAACAGUGCAACAACAACAACAACAACGACAACACCGCUAGAUCAACAAAGCAGUCAAAAAGGAAGCAAAAGGAAAAGCAAGAAAGCAAAGAGAAAACGCCGUCGUUAACAGUGAGUUUUGUUUGUGAGUGCGAAGAGAGCGCGCGCGUGUUACAGCGUGUGUGUGGGAGUGCGAGCGAGAGAGGGCGUAAUACAUAUUUGUGCACAGGAUUUGUAAAAUAAAUCAUUCACGCUGGAUUUAGGAUACUACGAGGCUGUCAAAGCAUCACAAUAUGAACCUGGCGGGUAUUCCACGCUGCAGGCGUCAUCCAACAGUCGUGGAUCCACAGCCAAUAUGACGCAGCGCGAUGGGAUUAUUAAAUUCGAGAAUGAGCGCAUUAAGACGCUGCAGGAGGAACGUCUACACAUCCAGAAGAAAACCUUUACAAAAUGGAUGAAUUCGUUUCUGAUCAAGGCCAAAAUGGAGGUCGAAGACCUAUUCACAGAUCUAGCCGAUGGCAUCAAGCUGCUGAAGCUGCUUGAGAUUAUAUCGUCGGAGAAACUGGGCAAGCCGAACAGUGGACGCAUGCGCGUACACAAAAUUGAAAAUGUCAACAAGAGUCUGGCAUUCUUGCACACCAAGGUACGCUUGGAGUCCAUUGGUGCUGAGGACAUUGUCGAUGGCAAUCCCAGAUUGAUCUUGGGUCUUAUUUGGACCAUCAUUUUGCGUUUCCAAAUUCAAGAAAUCGUCAUUGAUGUGGACGAAGAAAACGAAUCAAGUGAGAAGCGUUCAGCCAAAGAUGCGCUGCUCUUGUGGUGUCAGCGUAAGACGCAUGGUUAUCCAGGUGUUAAUAUAACGGACUUUACAUCUUCAUGGCGUUCUGGUUUGGGCUUCAAUGCACUCAUACACUCACACCGACCCGAUCUAUUCGACUACACCACCAUUGUUAAUUCAAAGAAUUCCAAUUUGGAUAACUUGAAUCAUGCCUUCGACACGGCAGCCAAUGAAUUGGGCAUACCAAGUCUGCUGGAUGCUGAGGAUAUUGACUCGGCGCGACCGGAUGAGAAAUCGAUCUUGACCUAUGUAGCUUCAUAUUAUCACACGUUUGCGCGCAUGAAGAACGAACAGAAGAGCGGCAAGCGUAUUGCGAAUAUUGUGGGCCAGUUGAUGGAUGCGGAUCGCAAGAAGAUACAGUACGAACGUCUGACCACAAAUCUGCUGAGCUGGAUAAGACAAAAGACGUUGGAGCUGCAGCAGCGCGACUUUCCCAAUUCGCUUGAGGGCAUACAGCGUGAGCUGCUAGCGUUUAAGGAAUAUCGCACCAUAGAGAAGCCACCCAAAUACAAGGAACGCAGUGAAAUUGAAGCGCUUUACUUUACCAUCAAUACGCUGCUGAAGGCUUUGAAUCAGCCGCACUUUAAUCCGCAGGAGGGACAGCUGGUGAAUGAUAUAGAGAAAGCCUGGCAGAUUCUCGAGUAUGCCGAGCACAAUCGCGAGGUUGCGUUGCGUGAGGAGCUGCUGCGCCAGGAGAAGCUCGAGCAGCUGAACUACAAGUUUGAGAAGAAGUCUGUGCUGCGCGAGGGUUAUCUGAAGGAAAUGAUACAAGUGCUCUCAGAUCCGCGUUAUCUGCGCCAAGUGGAUGCUACGCUGAAGAAGCAUGAGGCCAUUUCCGCUGAUAUUUUGGCGCGCGUCGAACGUUUCAAUGACUUGACUGCCAUGGCCAAUGAGCUGGCCAAGGAGAACUAUCAUGGCAAGGAGCGUGUGCAGCGUCGCGAGCAGGAAGUGAUGGACAAAUGGCGCAAGCUGCUGGAGCUGCUCGAAAAUCAGCGUCUCAAUCUGUCACAAAUGAGCAACUUGAUGAAUUUGUUGCGUGAAAUUGGCAGCACCACAGAGUCGGUGCGUGAGCUGCAGCAGCAGUUUGCCUCCGAGGAUGUAGGUCCGCAUCUGCUGGGCGUGGAGGAGCUGCUGCAAGCGCAUUCACUCCAAGAGCUGCAAGUGAACACCUAUGGCGAAACGCUAAAGCGUUUCAAUCGUCAGGCGCUGCCCUACAAGAGCUCAGAGCACAAGGAUGCAGCGUUGCUGGCGCAAAGAUUAGCGCAGCUGGAAGAAGCCUACGCAGAGCUGCUGAAGCUGAGCGCCGCCAGACGCGCGAGACUCGAAGAAGCGCGCAACUUCCAUCACUUUAUGGAGGAUUACGACAAUGAGGAGAGCUGGCUGGUGGACAAGCAGCGCAUUUGUAAAACGGGCAUAACCGCCAAGGAUUUGCGCGCUGUGCUCUCGCUGCAGCAGAAGCAUAAAGCGCUGGAGGAUGAAAUCAAAUCACGCAAGCCCAAGUCCACACAAAUGUCGGAGGCAGGCAAGCGCCUGAUUAACGAACAGCAUCCACGCUCGAGUGAAAUAACAAGCCGCAUGGAUUCGCUGGCAGAGCAUUGGCAGGCGCUGGAGUCGCUAGUGGAGCUGCGCCGUCGUCAGCUGGAGGAUGCUGCUGAGGCGUAUCAGUUCUAUACGGAUGCCAAUGAGGCAGAGUCAUGGCUGAAUGAGAAAAUGGCGCUUGUGAACUCCAAGGAUUAUGGCAGUGAUGAGCCCUCGGCGCAGGCGUUGCUGCAGCGUCAUCGCGAUCUGCAGGGCGAACUCAAUGCCUACAGCGGCGAUAUACUCAAUCUCAAUCAGCAGGCGGACAAGCUAAUCAAGGCGGGCAUUUGCACGCUUGAGUUGACUGCGGCGGAGCCAGAGCUGGCGGAGCUGGAGCAGGAGGAGUGGGUGAAUGAAACGCGGCUGGUGCCCAAGGAAGUGUGGGAGGAUGAAUGGGUGGAAAAGCUGGAGCACAAGAAAGUAACCGAAACCAAAAUGCUGCCCCAUGUGCGCUCGUUGUUCCCAUUCGAGGGUCAGGGCAUGAAAAUGGAAAAGGGUGAAGUGAUGCUGCUCAAGUCGAAGACCAACGAUGACUGGUGGUGUGUGCGCAAGGACAAUGGCCAUGAGGGCUUCGUGCCCGCCAACUAUGUGCGUGAGAUUGAGGCACGUCCUGUGGCCUGCAUUGUGCCCAAGGCGGAGAAGGUCAAGAGUCUGCAAAAGGUAAAGAAGACUAUACUAGUGCGCCAAGUGGUGCCCGUGAAGCGCAUUAAGCCAGUGAGUGUGGCGCCCAAGCCUUUGGUGCAGCGUCGCAGCAGCAGCCAAAGCAUACAGGACAAUGCGGAUAGCGUGGAGAAGCGACAGCAACGCAUCAAUGCCACCUAUGAUGAGCUGCAGGAAAUGGCGCAGAAGCGUCAUGCGCUGCUUGAGGAUUCGAUACAUCUCUUUGGCUUCUAUCGCGAGUGCGAUGACUUUGAGAAAUGGAUGAAGGAGAAGGAGCGCAUGGUCAAGUCGGAGGAUGUGGACGAUGGUGUGGACAAUGCCAAGCGCAAAUUUGAAAAAUUCAUAACCGAUUUGUCUGCGGCCUCCAAGCGUGUGGAGCAAAUUGAUGGCGCUGUAGACACUUUCCGGCGUCAGGGACACUCGCAGCUGGACAAGAUCAUAGCCAGACAGCGGCAAAUACAUCAGAUAUGGCAGCGCCUCAACAAUGCCAAGGCACAGCGUGAAAAGAGUCUGGAGGGCGCCUCCAGCGUGGAGCUGUUCAAUCGCACCUGCGACGAGGCCAAGGUCUGGAUGAGCGAGAAGAUGCUGCAGCUGGAUACAGCUGUGAUUACACCAGAUUUGAAAACAGUGCAGGCGCUGCAGCGACGUCAUCAAAAUCUGGAGCGCGAACUGGCGCCGGUGGAGGAAAAGGUCAACCGCGUCACCUAUUUGGGCAACUCUGUGAAGAACGCUUAUCCCGCCGAGCGUGACAAUGUCAAUGCGCGUCAGCAGGAGGUACAAGACAUGUGGCAGCAGGUGCAGCAACGUGGCAGCGAACUGCGCGCACGCAUUGAGUCCGAGGUGGGUCAACAGAUCUUCAACAACAGCGCCAAGACGCUGCUGGCGUGGAUUGACUCUGUCAAGGAUCAGCUCAAUGCAGAUGAAUCAGCGCGCGAUGUAGAAACUGCCAACAAUCUGCUAAAGAAACACAAUGAUCUGGGUGAGGACAUCAAGGCGCAUGACAACGAAUUCCAGGAGGUCAUACAGCUGGGCAAGCAGCUGUCCGAUGGCAAACCCAACAUGGCAGAGACUGUGCAGCUGAUCGAGCGCUUAAAGGCUGAGCAGGAUGCCAUACAUCGCGGCUGGGCUGAGAAGCAAAAGUGGCUGCUGCAGUGCGUCGAGCUGCAAAUGUUCAAUCGCGAAGCGGAUAAAAUCGAUGCUACUACCAAGAGUCAUGAAGCAUUCCUGGAGUACAAUAAUCUGGGCUCCUCGCUGGAUGAAGUGGAAGCCAUACUGAAGCGUCAUUUGGACUUUGAGAAGAGCCUAAUGGCUCAGGAUAAAAUACUCAAAGGCUUUUCGGAUAAUGCGGACAAGCUCAUAGCCAAUGAUCACUACGAUGCCAAGUACAUUGGAGAGCGUCGCAAGCAAGUGCUGGGCAAGCGCAAGGCUGUUAAGGAUCGCGCUUUUGAGCGCAAGCGUCUGCUGCAGGCCUCGAAGGACUAUCACAAGUUUGCCGCCGAAGCGGAUGACCUCAAGGUUUGGCUGCAGGAUAAAACCAAAAUCGCCGGCGAUGAGAGCUACAGAGACUUGAGCAAUCUGCCGCGCAAGCUGCAAAAGCACAAAGCCUUUGAGCGUGAGCUGCGCGCCAACGAAGGACAACUGCGCAAUGUGAACAAGGAUGGCGAGGCGCUUAUACAAGCAGAGAAUCGUGUGGUUGAGGUCGAGCGCCGCGUUGCCGACUUGAACAAAAAGUGGAAGGAUCUGCUUACACUGUCUGAGGACAAGGGACGCAAGCUGGAGCAGGCGGCGUCGCAGCGUGAACACAAUCGCGCUAUUGAGGAUGCCAAGAAGAAGGUAGAAGAGCUUGACUCUGCUUUGAAGUCCAAGGAUGUGGGCACUGAUUUGCGCAGCUGCAAGGAUCUGAUUAACAAGCAGCAAAUACUUGAGUCGGAAAUCACUAUUUGGGAUCAAAAGGUUGCCGAGCUGGUGUCCACUGGCGAUGAUAUGGCGCAUGAGGGACACUUCAAUGCCAAGCACAUCGAAGAUGAAACAAAGGAACUGCAGCAACGCUUCAAGGAUCUGCGCACGCCCACGCAAAUGCGUCGCGAUAAGCUAGAGGAGAGCUUAAACUUCCACAAGUUUGUCUUUGAGCUGGAUGCAGAGUUCCAUUGGAUCAACGAUCAUAUGCCCGCAGCCAAGUCCAAUGAGCUGGGACAGAAUUUGCAUCAAGCGCAGUCUCUCUACAAGAAACACAAGAAGCUGGAGGCGGAAAUCAAAGGACAUCAGCCCAUGAUCAACAAAGCGCUGCAGGCUGGACAAGCGCUCAUUGCUCUGGAGCAUCCCGAGCAGCAGCAAGUGGCCGCACUCUGCGCUGAGCUGCAGCAAGCUUGGCAGCAGUUGGAUCAGCACUGCAGCGAACGCUCGCGCAAGCUGGAAAUGUCGCUCAAGGCGCAGCAAUAUCUGUUCGAUGCCGGCGAGAUUGAGUCCUGGUUGGGUGAACGCAACAAUGCGCUGCGUUCCACUGAGCACGGUCGCGAUCGUGACUCGGCAGCCAAGUUGCUGACCAAACACAAGACCAUCGAGCUGGAGUUGGACACAUAUUCGAGCAUUGUCACCGAAAUGGGACACACCUGCGCCGCCAUGAUCAGCGCCCAUCAUCCGGAUAGCAAAGUGUUGGCCGCCAAGCAGCAGCUCAUAGAGCAAAUGCUCAAAUCUCUGCAUAAAUUGGCCUCACAGCGUCAGCUGCGUCUCAUGGAGAGUCUGUCCAAGCAUGAGUACUUCCUCGAAGCGGAUGAAGUGCAGCAGUGGAUCAGAGAACAAGAGCAGACUGCCUCGUCCGAAGACUACGGACAGGACUUUGAGCAUCUGCAGCUGCUGCAGAACAAGUUUGAUGAUCUGAAGCAUCGUGUUGAGGUUGGCGCCGAUCGUGUGGAUCAGUGCGAGCUGCUGGCCAAGAAGCUCAUCGACUCCGAGAGCACAUAUGCCAAUGAGGUGGAAAAGAGACAGGAACAACUAAGAACGUCUUGGGAGAACCUCUUGCAGCUGUUGAACCAACGCGAACAGAAGUUGCAUGCCGCUGGUGAAAUCCAUCGCUUCCAUCGUGAUGUGGCCGAGGCGCUGUUCCGCAUUCAAGAUAAGAACGCAGCGCUGUCCAGCGAGCUGGGCAAGGAUUUGAACUCUGCGCUGGCGCUGCUGCGUAAACACGAAGGUUUCGAGAAUGAUUUGGUAGCGCUGGAGGCGCAACUGCAGGUGCUGGUGGAGGAUUCAGUGCGUCUGCAGGCAAAAUAUCCAUCGAAUGCCACAGCCAUAGCGCAGCAACAGGACAAAGUGGUGGCCGCAUGGAAUGAUCUAAAGGAGCGCUCGACAGCACGUGGCGAUCGUUUGGCUGCCAGCUCCGAUUUGCAGACAUUCCUUACAGAUGUUAGGGAUAUAGUCAGCUGGUCGGCCAAUCUGCGUGCAGCGCUGCAAGCAGAGGAGCAUGUAAGCGAUGCAGCUGGCGCCACCGCCUUGAAGAUACAACACGAUGCCAUCUAUGGCGAGAUCGAAGCACGCGAGGACAAGUUCCGCUAUCUGAACGAGCUGAGCGAUUCGAUGGUGCAAACUGGACACUAUGCCGCCGCCGAUGUGGAGGAGAAAUGCGCUGCCAUGUUGGAUGAACGCCAGAAGCUGCACGCCGCCUGGAACAAGAAGAAGAUUAUGCUGGAGCAGAAAAUCGAUUUGUUCUGCUUCCUGCGCGAUGCCAAGCAAAUCGAUAAUCUGUCCAGCAGUCAGCAGGCGGCACUCAGCAGCUCCGACUUUGGCCAGACCGUCGAGGAUGUGCAGAACCAAAUCAAAAAGCACGACGAAUUCGAGCGACUGAUACAAACGCAGGAGGAGAAGGUAGCGCUGCUGCAGGAUCAUGGGCGCAAGCUAAUCGAGCAGCGUCACUACGACAGCGCCAAUAUACAGAGCAUACUGCAAGGCGUGCUGGAGCGCAGACAAAAGGUCAAGGAUCUGUGUGCAGUCCGGCGCUAUAAGCUGGAGGAUGCGCUGCUCUAUGCGAAGUUUGUGCGCGACUGCGCUGAGGCCGAGUCCUGGAUAGCGGAGAAGCAAAAGAAACUGGAGGCAGAUGCUGCCAGCUAUGCGGAGGUUACGAAGCUGGAUGAGAAGAUUAAGAAGCUGCAGAAGCAUCAAGCGUUCCAAGCUGAAGUGGCUGCCAAUCAAGGACGCAUACAGGAGAUACAACAAACGGGCGUCAUCUUGCUAAGCAAGCAGCAUGAGAGCUCGCCAGAGAUUAAGCAGAACAUAGAACGUGUGCUGGCUGCCUGGCAGGGUUUGCUUGCCGAGCUGGAGCAGCGUGGACGCGGCUUGGAGGAAGCGCAGGACAUACUCGAGUUCAAUAAUCAGCUGGACAAGCUGGCUGCCUGGAUCAGAGACAAGGAAAUGAUGGUGCAAGCAAGCGACACUGGACGCGAUCUGGAGCACUGCAAUGCGCUGAUGCGCAAGCUGGACGAUGUGGACUCGGACAUGCGUGUGGAUGAUCAGCGCGUCAGGCACAUCAAUCAGCUGGCCGACAAGCUCAUCAAUCAAACGCAAACGCCAGCGGAUACGCAAAGUGUGGACAAGCGACGUCGUGACUUCAAUCACAACUGGCGGCAGCUGCAAGGUGCACUCAAUGCCUAUCGCGCUUUGCUCAGCGGCGCCAAUGAGAUACACGUGUUCAAUCGCGAUGUGGACGACACUGCGGAGCGCAUUGCUGAGAAGGCUUUGGCUAUGAGCUCAGCGGAUACGGGACGCGAUUUGGCUGCGGUUGAAGCGCUCAUCAGACGCGAGGAAGCGCUGGAGCGUGACAUGUCUGCUGUGAAGCAAAAGAUUGCCGAGCAUGAAGCUGCCGCUGUGGAGUUGGCACAAAAGUAUCCCGAGCGUGGCGCUCAGGUGAUCGAACGCAAGCUGCAGGAGCUGCACAAGAGCUGGGCGGAGCUGCAAAGUCUCUGCACGCAGCGCCAGCAGCUGCUGAACGAAGCGUAUCUGAUACACAAGUUUGUGUCGGAUGUGCGUGAGCUGGAGCUUUGGGUCAACGAUAUGGUUAAGAAGAUGCACGCCACGCAGUCGCCAGCAACUAUCAACGAUUGCGAGACGCAGCUGGAGCUGCAUCAGGAACGCAAAGUGGAAAUCGAAGGACGUGAGCAGGCAUUUGUUGCUUUGAAGCAGCAAGGCGAGCAGCUGCAGGCGCAGACCAAACAGCCCAAGCAAGUGAAGCAGCAGCUGCAAGUGCUCUCCGAUCUGCAUGCCACGCUACUCGAGGCUUGGACCGAACGCGCACGCGACUUAACCGAAGCACAUCAGCUGCAGCUUUUCAAGGCGCAGCUCGAGCAGGUGGAGAUUUGGCUGGCCAACAAGGAAGCCUUCCUCAACAACGAUGAUCUGGGUGAUAGCUACACAGCUGUGGAGCGUCUGCUCAAGAAACACGAUGCCUUUGAGAAGCUGCUGGAUGCCGAGCAUGUUGUUGCUCUACAAAAGUUUGGCAACAGCAUUUUAGAAAGCGAGCCCAAGGAUGCGGAUGCCAUUAUACAGCAGCUGGCUUAUGUGGCGCGUCGCAAGCAGAAGCUGCUGGACUUGAGCGCGGAGCGCAAGGCGCGUCUGCAACAAUCGCUGCAGCUGCAAGAAUUUCUGCGCAGUCUCUACGAGAUCGAUCGCUGGCUGGUGCAGAAACUGCAAGUGGCACAUGAUGAAAACUAUCGCGAGCCCAGCAAUCUGCAGAGCAAGAUUCAGAAGCAUCAAGCCUACGAUGCGGAGCUGCUGAGCAACUCACCGCGAGUGCAGGCGGUGAUACAGGAAGGCGAGCAGUUGAUCAAGGCCGAGCAUUAUGCCAAGGAGGAAAUAGCACAACAGGUUUCCCUCCUGGCUGGCGACUGGUCCAAGCUCAAGGCCGCAUCGCAGACCAAAAAGGAGAAGCUGCAACAAGCGUACGAAGCUUUGGCCUUCAAUCGCAGCGUGGACGAGUUCAACAACUGGAUGGAUGAGGUUGAGCUGCAGCUGUCCAGCGAAGAUUACGGCAAGGAUUUGACUACUGUAAGCAAUCUGCUGAAGAAGCACGAACGUCUGGAAGUGGAUGUAGCGCAUCACAAUGAGCUGGCGGAGCAGCUGAAGCAAAAGGAUGAGCACUACUUCCAGGCGCAGCAUUUCCUGCGUGAGGAAAUACACGAGCGCGCCAUGGCGGCCAUCAAGCGCUACAAUUCACUGCAUGAGCCGCUGGCUAUACGGCGUGAGAACCUGGAGGAUUCGCUCAGCUUGCAGCAGUUCCUGCGCGAUGCAGAGGAUGAGCUGCAGUGGCUGGCAGAGAAGCAGCUGGUGGCAGGCUCACAGGAUUUGGGCAGCAGUUUGUUGGCUGUGCAGGGUUUGCAAAAGAAGCACAAUGCACUGGAAGCGGAGCUGACGUCACAGGAGCCGCUUAUCCAAGCGCUGCUGCAGCGUGGCCAGCAGAUGAUACGCGAUAAUCAUUUCGCUAGUGAGCAGCUGCAGUACAAGUCGGAGCUGCUGCAGCAGCAGCUGGCGCAGCUCAAGGAUUUGACUUCGAUUAGAAGACUGCGUCUGCUCGAUGCUGUGGAGAGUCAACUGUUCUAUGUGGAGGCCAACGAAGCGGAUGCCUGGAUGCGUGAAAAGCGUCCUAUACUAACCAGCAGUGACUAUGGCCGCGAUGAAAUGUCCGUGCAGACGCAUCAGAAGAAGCUGGAGGUGCUGCAACGCGAGCUGGCCGCCUUUAAGCCUUCCAUCGACAAGGUCAACAAGCUGGCCACGGGCUUGAUCGAACGCCAUCACUUUGACAGCGCCAAUAUUCAGGAGAAGAACGGCACUGUCAAUCAGCAGCAUGUGGAGCUGCUGCGUCUGGCCAAGGAGCGUGAGCAGCGCUUGACCGAAUGCAAAAAGCUGUUUGAAUAUCUUAGAGAAACUGCCGAGCUGCAUGAAUGGAUAGGCGAUCAAAUGACAGUCACUGCUAGCGAGGAUUAUGGCGAGGAUGUGGAGCAUGUGGAGCAGCUUAUGUUAGCCUUUGAAUCCUUUGUCAACAAUUUGAAUGCCAAUGAAGCGCGUGUUGAGGCUUGCCUGGAGCGUGGCGAUCGUUUGAUACAGGAGAACAAUCCUUAUCGCAGCUCCAUCAAGUCCAAGCGUGAUGAAACCAAACAGCUCUGGGAUGAGCUUAAGGAUCUGGUGCAUGCGCGUCAGGAUGCACUGGCGGGCGCCAAGCAGGUGCACGUCUACGAUCGUGUAGCAGAUGAAACUAUUGGUCUGAUCAAUGAAAAGGAUGCUUCACUUAUAUCCGAGGACUAUGGCCAGGAUUUGGAGAGCAUACAAGCGCUAGGACGCAAGCAUCAAGUUUUCGAAAGCGAGCUGAUUGCUAUUAAGGAGCAAGUGGACUCUGUGCUCGUCGAAGCGCAAAAGCUGGGCGAGAUCUAUCCCGAUGCACGUGAGCACAUCGAAGUAAAACGCGAUGAAACCGUCGAAUCCUGGACAGAUUUGCAGCAGAAGACGCAGGCGCGCAAGGGCAAACUUACCCAAGCGGAGCAGCUGCAAUCUUACUUCGAUGAGUAUCGCGAUUUGAUUGCCUGGAUCAACGAAAUGCUGGCCAAGAUUACAGCACCCGAGCUGGCCACGAGCGUUGCAGGCGCAGAGCUGCUGCUGGCCUCCAUCAAGGAGCAUCACACAGAGAUACGCGCACGCGAUGAAACCUUUGCCAACUUUACCAGCAAUGGACAGCAGCUGAUCAAGGAGAAGCAUUUCCUCGCCCAGGAGGUGGAGGAUAAGAUCAAAGUACUGCAGGCGCGCCAUGAACUGCUGGAGCAUACACUGCAGCAGCGCAAGGAGAUCUAUGAGCUGAAUCUGGAUACACAGCUGUUCCUGAAGGAUGCUGAGAUAUUGGAGCAAUGGAUUAGCAGUCGCGAGCCACAGCUCAAGGAUGCCAAGCUGGGUGACUCUAUACCACAAGUGGAGGAUCUGCUGCGACGCCAUGAGGACUUUGAGAAAACUGUUGCUGCCCAGGAGGAGAAAUUCCAGGCUAUCAAGCGCAUUACGCUGCUGGAGCAACGUUUCCGCAAGCAGCUGGAGCAUGAGAAGCAGGCCAAGUUGAAAGAGAAGGAGCGUCUGGAACGCGAACGCCUGGAGCAGCUCAAGCAACGCGAGCUGCAGCGUCUCAACGAAGAGCGUCGUCGCGCCGAGAAGCAGCAAGAGCAUCGCAAUGCUGCCGCGCAAGAGAAGACGCCGAUCUUCAGCACGCCUAUGGUGACCAUAAGCGGCAACAGCCAGCCCAGCAGUCCUGCCAUUUCCCAAACCCAGCUGCGUCCCACUUAUCCCGAGUCCUCCUCGCAGGAGGAUGCUCUGGCGCUGCAGAAGAGCAGCUCCAGCGGCAUGUUCGGCGAUCGCCUGCGUCGCGGCUCGGCGGACGCCAAUGUCAAGCGUGCCGAGAGCAUGAAGGUGCAACCCAAGCAGCCCAAGCGUACUCCCUCCUUCACCACCAGACGUCGUGCUCAGUCCUUCCGCAAGAAUCAAAAGGGCGAGGGCUUUGAUCUGCCGCCUGUUGAAAUCCAAGGCAUGCUGGAACGCAAGCAUGGACUGCAGUCGGGUGGCAAGAAGGCGCCCGUGCGCAGCUGGAAGCAAUUCCAUACCGUGCUCUGUGGCCAGCUCGUUUGCUUCUUCAAGGAUGAGAACGACUUUCUGCAGCAGAAGACAGCGAAUGCUCCAGUGAACAUUUUGGGCGCCAAGUGCGAGCGUGCCGAUGAUUAUACCAAGAAGAAGUAUGUGUUCCGUCUAAAGCUGCCCGACGGCAGCGAAUUUCUGUUCGAGGCACCAUCGCUGGAUAUUAUGAACGAUUGGGUGCGCAAGAUCAGCUUCCAUGCCAGUCUGCCGCCAAAUCUACAGCUGCUGAGCUACGAUGAGUCCAUGAAGCAACAAAGCAGCAGCUCCCCAGACAUUAAAGUCACCGCCAAUUUGGAAUCGCCUGUUAGCUCACGCAACUCCUCGCCAGACUCGCAGCGUCGCAGCAGCGGCGGCAACACCCUAGACAGCAGCGCCACGCCCCAGAUGGCCUUCCUGCAGCGUCAAAUGCAACAGCAGCAACAACAAACCUCCCAGCCCAGUUCACCCACGUCAGGCUUCGAUCAGAAGCCACCAAUUCCACCCCGUGGUGCGCCACCAGUUGCCAAUCAGCGCCAGAGCCAAGAGAACUUGGUGGUGCUGCGACAGCGUCAAAGCAGCAGCAAUGACUUAACUGAUGGACGGCAAGCAGCUACGCUGCCCGCUGGUCUCAAUGGCAACAGCAAGGAUGACAGCGUGGUGAUGAAGCGCAACAGCGAGUCCAGACAAUCAGAAAAUCCGCCACCAUUGCCCACCACCAUGCCGCCCGUAGGCAGCCAGCAGCAUCAUCAGCAACUGCAGCAGCAGCAACAGACAGCGCAAGUGCAACAGCGCAUCAAUGCAUUCAAUGCUGUUGCCAAUCAGCAAUCACCCGAUUACUACAACAACAACGUGAUUAGACAACAACAGCAACAGUUAAUGGGUGGAUCACCACAGCGUGUGCCGCCUGCGCAUGGCGCUGGACGCUUUGAUACAACGCGCAAGUUUAUAGAGAUGGAGAUACAGUCGCCCAACAACAGCUACAACAACAAUGGACACAGCAGCAGUAACAACAAUUCGCCCAACAAGCGCACCAUUAGCUAUUCGAGCAGCACAGCGAGCAGCAAUGGCAAUGGUUGGGGCAACAGUCGCUUUGAAGGCAAUCGUCCCGUCUCGCUGCAACCCGACUCCAUCAGCUUUACACGCGUCUCUGCGGAAAGUUCCAGCGAGAGCGAAGCCCAGUCCAUUUCCUCGGUCUCCGGUGUCAAGGGCAGCAGCAAGAGCAAGGAUGAGCGUCGCAGCGGCAUGUUCCGCAUAUUUGGACGCAAGGGCGACAAGGAGAAGGAGAAGGAUAAACGCCGCAACAGUCAAACGCCGCCACAGUAAUGUUCAGUGACAGCCUUGCACCCGCCAACCUUCCGGCUUCUAACUUAACAAGCAAAAUUUGUAAACAAUUGUCGUCAAUUGUUUUUGUAUUUUUUAUAUAUACAUAAAUAUUUAAUAUUUAACCCACAA